GUAACUUGAUAACUGGUAACACUGAUAAUAACCGUUUUACACAUUGUUUGUAAUUUCAAUUUUCAAUAAUUUUAAAUAUUUAGUAUAUUGGUGUCAAGUUUGUGUUUACUAGUGAAUAGAAUAAUAGUUCUUGUUUAACUAGCUCAACUUGAGAGAAGUGAAGAAAUAAAUGGAUUAUCCAUUUCAUAAAUGCAGGUUGUGUUUGAAACUUGGAGAUUUCUGUUCAAUUUACGAACAAGAUGAUACAAUAAAAUUGUCUGAAAUGGUUAUGUCAUUCACUAGCAUUCAAAUCUAUGAAGGAGAUGGCUUCUCAGAUCGUGUAUGCAGUACAUGCAUUGAGAAUCUUAGUACGGCAUAUUUAUUCAAACUACAGUGUGAAAGGAUAGACAAUCUGCUAAGAAAAGCACCUGAGUCACAAAUAAUCAAGAACUCUCACGAUGAUUACAAUGAUUUAUUUAGUACAGAAUUUCAUAUGCAUGAAAUAUUUGGAUCCAUAGAGGGAGAAAAUGAUGAAAACACUGUUAAAGACAAAAACACUGAAAUGCUUCAACAGAAUAGUCUUGAAGUAAGUGAUGAGACUGAUAGUGAUGUUGAUUCCAUUAAAUGUGUGUAUUGCAAUGAGUCUUACAACAAUUAUGGAGGUCACACUUGUCAUGUUAAAUGCACCAUUGAAAACAUUGGACUACCCCGGUCCAGUAGUAGCGAGACAUUAGUAGCAGCUGACAUUGAUUGUGACUCUAAAUCCACGGAGGUUUAUGUAUCCUGUAUACUAUGUGACGACAAAUAUAACCAAUAUGAUGACUAUGUCAUACACUUAAACAAGUGUACCACCAAUGUAAAGGUGCGCCAUUUUGUAUGUCCCAUAUGUCAUGAAAUUUUUACAGACAAAUUGGUGUAUUUAGAGCAUUUGAAAAUAAACCAUUUCAAAAUAGAGAAUCGAACUGUACAACCAGGCUUUAUAGACCCUGGAAUAGAUUGUGUUGAUAGCGCUCCUAUAUAUGCACAAACUAAGAAACCAAAAAUAGUUCGCCGACAGAUAGGUUGGUCUUUUGAGGAUAUUUAUCAAGAAAUUGAAUGUAAUAAAAUUGAAGAAAAGCAAACACCGACAUCCAGUCCAAUUAAAUCAUUUUUUUCCAAAUUGGGGAAUGAUUCCUUCAGCAGACAAAGUACACCAAAAAAAGUCAGUUUUCGUCAAUUUAUUGAAAAUAGUAAGGCGAAAACGUCUAAUUAUCUUCCAUUUCGGAAGUACUUACAGAGUUAUAGACAAAAGAAGAAAACUAACUAUAGUCCUAUUGGAGGCAAAAUGCAGGUGACCAGUAAAAUAAGAGCUUGUCUACCAGAAGCAAUAUCCGACAGUGAUUAUGGAUCGCCGAGUGGUACCUCCGAAGAAUCUUGGAGAAUGAAGCAGAAUUUAAUAUGUGCUUGUGACAAAAAGGUGUUCAUGCUAUCAGAAUUUAUUAGUGAUCGUGACAGAAUUGUGUCCAUGAUUAAUGAAUUAGGUGGUGUUGUUGCUGAAAACACUAAAAUGGAAAUGUUGGCUACACAUUAUAUUGCAACGUUGCCAAACGACACAUUCACCGGGAUGAUGGUGUGUGCACUUGCGACGGGCAAAUGGUUAUUGCACGUCAGCUAUAUUUACGAUAGUUUCCGCUGUAAGAAAUUUAUGAGAGAAAAUAUUUAUGAGUGGAUGACACACCCAAAAAUAUUAGAAUUGGACAAUACAAGUGUUGAAAUAGCUAAGGCAGCUGUUUUUUGGCAUUUAGAGUUACAAGCAUUAAAUGCAAAGUUUCCUUUUGAAGGGAAACAAAUAGUGUUGAUAAUGAAGAAGAAAUAUAGACAAUACUACAACAUGAUAUUUAAAACUCUCAAAGCGAAGCCAGUUACAUACGAUCCAAGGACGCCAGGAAGUUGCUGCACUGCCGAUUACUGUUUUGUUGACAUGAAAGUAAUAGAAAGGGUCAAAUUGCGAUUCUUCGCACGCCAUAAUGUUCCCGUGUUUCCGUACCAAUAUAUAUUGGUAUAUCUUUUGAAGAAGGGACGCGUAGAUGACGAAUAUAAAUACUUGUUACAAGACUGCAAGAGAUUUCUAUCUAAAGACACGUUCGACUUUUUAAAUAAUACUUAUUAAUGUGUUUUUGUUCGAUUUACGUUAAAGGUUAUCUCUUCGUAUUCAUAAAAUCGCUAAACGACUUAUGAUACGCGGUAACCGUCGCCAAUACACAUGAACAGCACCGAGGUAGACUUUUCAAAAAGAUGUCUGUGUGGGUACCAGAUUCUCACGUAUUUCGGUUGAAGGAUUCGGUUGACAAGGCAGUAAAAAUACAAAACUAGUAAUGACUUUUACUUCAAAUUAAAACACAAUAUAGCAAGCUGAUUGGAUAUCAUCGCAGAGGUACUGAUACGACGUAUAAUAUCAUGAUUAAUAUAAAAAAAAUUGUUUUAUGAUGCAUUUAUUUAGUUUCUUACUAUUCAUCUUAUAGACAGGUAUUGACUUC